GUUCAAGACUCAGAUCGCAAGUUGAAAUUCUGAAAAAUAUUUCAAUGGCGAAAGUACCGACAGUGAAAUUUUACAACGGAUCAGAGAUUCCGGUCACCGGACUAGGAACUUGGCGGUCGGAACCAAAUAAAGCAUACGAAGCAGUGAAGCAUGCAAUCGAUAUCGGAUACCGAUUCAUCGACAACGCCUAUCUGUACGACAAUGAGGUGGAAGUAGGCGAGGCGGUGAGAUCUAAAAUUGCAGAAGGAGUUAUCAAAAGAGAGGACAUCUUCCUGAGCAACAAGCUUUGGAAUACUUUUCACCGACCAGAAGCCGUUGAGCCAAUGCUGAGAAAGACUUUGGCGAAUUUAGGCGUUGACUAUGUCGACAUGUACUUGGUGCAUUGGCCGAUAGCUUACAAAGAGGGAAGUGGAAACUAUCCUCUUGAUGCCGAAGGUAAAAUGCAAUUUGCCGACUACGAUUUCGUCGACACUUGGAAAGCCAUGGAGAAGGUUUACGAAAAGGGUUUAACGAAAAACAUCGGCGUGAGUAACUUCAACGAAGAGCAGUUGGAGAGGAUUCUAGAGGAGGGAAAAAUCAAGCCCGUCACUAACCAGGUCGAAUGCCAACCCUACUUGUGCCAAUUCAAGCUAUCCGAAUAUUGCAAGUCCAAGGGCAUCGCUAUAACGGCUUAUCGGCCACUGGGAGGGCCAGGAAAACCUGGCCAACCGAAACCCAGCGAAGAUCCGAAAAUCAAGACUGUUGCCAAAAAGUACAACAAGACUCCCGCUCAAGUUCUGCUGCGUUAUCAGUUUCAACGGGGGCACAUCACCAUCCCCAAAUCAGUGACUAAGUCUCGAAUUGAAGAAAACUUCAAUAUAUUUGACUUUGAACUCGCCAAAGAAGAUUUAGAGCUCAUCAACAGCCUUGACUGCAACGUCAGAUUAAGUCCACUGCUUGAAUGCAUCGACAGUCCGUACUACCCAUUUGAGAAGUAGUUUUCCGCUGAAAUCCUGCCUGAGAACUACAGAAAUUCAUAUCAAGUUCAUGCAUGGCGAC